AUGAAAAAGAUUACAGUUUAUAUCGAAGAUGGAGAGACGACGGUGAAAUUAUUAAAUCCGUUCGUAUUAACCCACACGUCUAAACUUUAUGUGAAAACAGCCGCCGUCUUUUGGAAUUAUCAAAAUAUUCGAAAAGGAGACAACGACUAUUUUUCUAUCGAUAAGAAAAAAGUUACGUUGAAUGAAGGCUAUUGGAUCUUUAAAAAUUUACGAGAAAAAUUAGAAAGUCAUGGAUUAACCGUCGAAGAUUUUCCCGACGGACGUACCAAAAUUGGAUUCACAAAAAAUAUAAAAUCUUUAAAUUUAUGGCGACUCGGAGAUUUAUUAGGAUAUACCACAACUUUUUCCACAAAACAUAAAAGUGAUCGUUCCGUCGAUAUUUACGAAGGAUUACGUUACAUUACGGUCGGAUGUAAUUUAGCGAACCGAUCUCAAAAUAUAGAUUCUAGUGGAUUUCCUAGUAAUAUCAUCACAUCCCUUCCUAUCGACGGGACAAAACCAUUAUUUGGAACGACGACGAAAUACAAUGAUAUCGAAAGCGAAGUUUAUGCGGAUGCAGGCAUCUAUCACGAACUUCAUUUCUAUGUGAAAUCUAACGUCGAUGGAAUUAUACUGGGAAAUAUUUUAAUGGAACUUUACGUUAUAUAA